CAAAAAAGGAAAAGGAAAAACAAUUUAACAAAAACCACACAAAUCACAGUUAGCAGCAGCAGCAGCAGCAGCAGUGGGGCAAGUUAUGGCAACGUCGUCAAGCUCAUCAGUGGUAUCGGGAAUCCCACUCUCUCAAAUACGAUGGGAUACCUCCAGAGGGGGAGGGGGAGGGGGAAGAAGCAUAGUUAGGGUUAACAGUCCUGUUCCUACCGCUUCUCUGCCUUUGACCCGUUUCCGUUUCCAUCUUCCCCCAACCCCUGCCGCUGCCAGGUGGCAAGGUGACGUUAGAAGUAGAAAUACUAUUGGAUUGGAAUUCCAGAAUUGGAAUAAUAAUACUAUUAGGAAGAAGAAGAAGAAGAAGAGCGGUGCUUCCAAAGCAUGGAAAUGGACUUCCCCUGUCUCAUUCUCACAACAGUGCAAAAGGUGGAUCCCCUGCUGCUCCUCCCUUAACCGCAACUGCUACCGCAAGAUAGCACCCUUGCCUCUUGCAACAUCUGUGCCGGCAUUUUUUCCCGACAAAUCUUGCUUUCCUCUCUCUGCCCAUACACUCAACACCACUUCUGGCAAACAUAUCUGCGCUCCUUGCGCUACUGUUGGUCCAGAUGAGCCGCAUGCAGCAAGUACGACCUGGCCAGAUGGUCUUCUUGAAAAACAAGAUUUUGAUUCAUUAUAUCCACAAUUUCAAACAACUGAAUUAGAGGGGUUUUUAUCUACUCAACUUCCUUCCCACCCAAAGUUACAUCGAGGACAAUUGAAAAAUGGCCUUCGCUACCUUAUUUUGCCAAAUAAAGUUCCACCAAACAGGUUUGAAGCACAUAUGGAGGUUCAUGUGGGAUCAAUUGAUGAGGAAGAUGAUGAGCAAGGAAUUGCACAUAUGAUUGAACAUGUCGCAUUCCUUGGAAGCAAGAAACGUGAGAAACUUCUUGGUACUGGGGCUCGUUCAAAUGCUUACACUGAUUUCCACCAUACAGUUUUUCACAUUCAUUCACCAACUUGUACCAAGGAAUCUGAUGAAGAUUUACUUCCACUUGUUCUGGAUGCCUUGAAUGAGAUAGCUUUCCAUCCAAAAUUCCUUUCUUCUCGAGUUGAAAAGGAGAGGCGUGCUAUACUUUCAGAAUUACAGAUGAUGAACACAAUAGAGUAUCGUGUUGACUGUCAGUUAUUACAACAUCUCCAUUCUGAAAACAAGCUGAGCAAAAGAUUUCCAAUUGGAUUAGAGGAGCAGAUUAAGAAGUGGGAUGCAGAUAAAAUAAGAAAAUUUCAUGAACGGUGGUAUUUCCCUGGUAAUGCGACUUUGUACAUUGUGGGGGACAUUGAUAAUAUCUCAAAGACAAUUUACCAGAUUGAAGCUGUUUUUGGACAAACUGCCCUUGAAAAUGAGAUGCCCCCACCACCUACUUCUAGUGCAUUUGGUGCCAUGGCUAGUUUUCUCGUUCCUAAGCUCUCAGCUGGGCUUGCUGGAAGUUCAUCUCAUGAAAGAUUGUCUAAUCCUGCAGAUCAAGCUAAGAUUAUUAAAAAGGAAAAGCAUGCUGUUCGUCCUCCUGUAAAGCACAUUUGGUCCCUCCCUGGACAUAAUACAGACAUGAAGCCACCACAAAUAUUUCAGCAUGAGUUGCUACAGAAUUUCUCAAUUAACAUGUUCUGCAAGAUUCCUGUGAACAAGGUUCAGACUUUCGGAGAUCUGAGAAAUGUUCUGAUGAAAAGAAUAUUUCUAUCUGCCUUGCAUUUUCGAAUUAAUACAAGAUACAAGAGUUCCAAUCCGCCGUUUACUUCAGUUGAAUUGGACCAUAGUGAUUCAGGAAGGGAAGGAUGCACUGUCACAACUCUUACAGUCACAGCAGAACCCAAGAACUGGCAGAACGCAAUUAAGGUUGCUGUUCAAGAGGUUCGAAGGCUCAAGGAAUUUGGUGUCACUAAGGGUGAAUUGACUCGCUAUAUGGAUGCACUGUUAAAAGAUAGUGAACAGCUGGCAGCAAUGAUUGAUAAUGUGUCAUCAGUUGACAAUUUGGAUUUUAUUAUGGAAAGCGAUGCACUGGGCCAUACAGUUAUGGAUCAGACACAAGGACAUGAGAGUUUGAUGGCGGUCGCUGGCACUGUUACUCUUGAUGAAGUCAACUCUAUUGGUGCACAGGUAUUAGAAUUUAUCUCUGAUUUUGGAAAACCUACUGCACCCCUUCCAGCAGCAAUUGUUGCAUGUGUUCCGAAAAAAGUUCAUCUCGAUGGCAUUGGUGAAACUGAAUUCAAGAUAACCCCAAGCGAGAUCACAGCUGCCAUAAAGUCAGGAUUGGAAGAACCCAUUGAAGCUGAGCCUGAGCUUGAGGUGCCAAAAGAAUUAAUAUCUCCACUGCAGUUGCAAGAGUUAAGGAUGCAGAGGGGGCCUUCUUUUAUUCCUCUUAGUGCUGAAAUGAAUGUUACAAAAGUGCAAGAUAAGGAAACAGGGAUUACUCAACUCCGUCUUUCUAAUGGAAUUCCUGUAAAUUAUAAGAUUUCAAAAAAUGAAGCCCGAGGAGGUGUAAUGCGGCUCAUAGUUGGCGGAGGUCGGGCGGCUGAAACUUCUGAUUCAAAAGGAGCUGUUGUUGUAGGUGUUCGAACUCUCAGUGAGGGUGGUCGUGUUGGCAACUUCUCAAGGGAACAGGUAGAACUUUUUUGUGUAAAUCACCUGAUAAAUUGCUCCUUGGAGUCCACUGAGGAAUUCAUUUCGAUGGAGUUCCGUUUCACUUUGAGAGACAAUGGGAUGCAUGCCGCUUUCCAGUUGCUUCAUAUGGUGCUCGAGCAUAGUGUCUGGCUUGAUGAUGCAUUUGAUAGAGCUAGACAAUUGUAUUUGUCCUACUACCGGUCCAUUCCAAAGAGUUUGGAACGGUCAACUGCUCACAAACUUAUGUUAGCAAUGAUGAAUGGUGAUGAGCGCUUUGUUGAACCUACUCCAAAAUCAUUACAAAAUUUAACACUCAAAUCUGUAAAAGAUGCUGUGAUGAAUCAGUUUGUAGGUGAUAAUAUGGAGGUAAGUAUUGUGGGGGACUUCUCAGAGGAGGAGAUUGAGUCUUGUGUUCUUGAUUAUCUGGGAACAGUUAGAGCGUCAAGAGAUUCUGAGAGAGCACAUGGAUUUAGUCCAAUCUUAUUUCGACCUUCUCCAUCUGACUUGCAGUUUCAACAAGUAUUCUUGAAGGACACCGACGAAAGGGCAUGUGCAUAUAUCGCAGGCCCUGCACCAAACCGUUGGGGUCUUACAGUUGAUGGAAAAGACCUAUUAGAGUCAGUUGCUGAUAUUCCAAGUGCUGAUGAUGCACAACCCCAUUCUGAUGAGGGAAAAGACAUUCAGAAGGAUCUGCAAAAAAAGCUUCGCGGUCAUCCACUUUUCUUUGGCAUAACAAUGGGGCUGCUGGCUGAGGUCAUAAAUUCUAGGCUUUUUACAACAGUCCGGGAUUCUCUUGGAUUAACAUAUGAUGUAUCAUUUGAAUUGAACCUCUUUGACCGACUUAAGCUCGGAUGGUAUGUGAUAUCUGUAACAUCAACUCCAAGCAAGGUAUAUAGAGCUGUUGAUGCUUGCAAGAAUGUUCUUAGAGGUUUGCAUACCAACAAGAUUGCCCCACGGGAACUGGAGAGGGCAAAGCGGACUCUUUUAAUGAGACAUGAAGCAGAAAUUAAGUCAAAUGCCUAUUGGCUUGGAUUGUUGGCUCACUUGCAAGCUUCUUCUGUUCCAAGAAAGGACAUAUCAUGUGUUAAGGAGCUUACUUCUCUAUAUGAGGCUGCUUCUAUUGAAGACAUAUACCUUGCUUAUGACCAGAUGAAGGUGGAUGAAGAUUCAUUAUACUCAUGUAUUGGGAUUGCAGGGGUUCAUGCUGGUGAAGGUACGACAGCUUCCGAAGAAGAGGAAGAAUCAGACGGAGGCUUUCAGGGAGUUAUUCCUGUAGGGCGUGGUUUAUCUACAAUGACGAGGCCAACAACAUGAGCCUCCGUGAUUGCGCCAUUUGCUGUGGUUUGGUAAGCAGAAGCUUGCCCUGUGGUGGAAUCUUUGAUGAUUAUUUGAAGGGCAAAGCGACAAAGUCGUAGCCAAUGGUAUGGAAGAAAUAAUCAUGGAGAUGCUAUGUCAAGGUCACACUAAAUACAAUUCGUUGGAAAAGCCAGAUUUAUGGCAUUACAUGAUUUGAUACCAAUUGACACAUGUAUUCUUUAAGGGAUAUUAUUCAAUGCUUGAGUAAUAAAUUUGGCUUUAUUCCCCAGUCCCCACCUUCUUUCUUUUCACCCUUCUCAUAAAAUUGUAAAUUGAAUAAAUUUUAUGCCCCAUAAUUCAAAGCUCGUUUCUCA